AUGGACACAACGCCUGACCAGCCCGCUGAGGAGACGUGGGAUGACAUUCCAGAGGACGUGAUGGAAUUGGGCACAGACGACAUAAUGACAAGGACACGCCUGAUUGACAAUGAUAUCAAGGUUAUGCGGUCAGAAACGCUGCGGCUCCAACACGAGCAGAGCGUAAUGAAGGAGAAGAUUCGAGACAAUGGCGAGAAGGUCAAGCAGAACAAGGUUCUUCCCUAUCUUGUUGGAAACGUCGUUGAGAUUCUGGACGUUGAUCCAGAGGGCGAAGAAGAUGGUGCUAACCAAGACUUGGACUCGAUGCGCAAAGGCAAAUGUGCCGUCAUCAAGACAUCGACGCGACAAACCGUUUUCCUCCCACUCAUCGGUCUCGUUCCUGCAGAGAAGCUUAGGCCAGGAGACCUCAUUGGUGUCAACAAAGAUUCAUACCUCGUUCUCGAUACACUACCCGCCGAAUUCGACUCCCGUGUGAAGGCUAUGGAAGUGGACGAGAGACCGACGGAGACAUAUACCGAUAUCGGUGGUCUGGAGAAGCAGAUUGAGGAGUUGGUGGAAGCUAUCGUGUUGCCUAUGGAGCAGGCAGAUAAAUUCAAGACCCUCGGUAUCAAGCCUCCGAAGGGCUGCUUGAUGUACGGUCCUCCAGGUACUGGGAAGACCCUCCUCGCUCGUGCCUGCGCUGCUCAGACCAAUGCCUGCUAUCUUAAACUUGCUGGACCAUCACUGGUGCAGAUGUUCAUCGGUGACGGUGCGAAGUUGGUUCGGGACGCUUUCGAACUUGCCAAAGAGAAGGCCCCCGCCAUCAUCUUCAUCGACGAAUUGGAUGCUAUUGGUACCAAGCGGUUCGAUUCUGAGAAGAGCGGUGAUCGUGAAGUUCAGCGAACCAUGUUGGAGCUCCUUAACCAGCUUGACGGAUUUAGCAGCGACGAGAGAAUCAAGGUCAUUGCCGCUACCAAUCGAAUCGACAUUCUCGACCCUGCACUUCUCCGUUCCGGACGUCUUGACCGCAAGAUUGAGUUCCCUCUUCCAAAUGAAACCGCUCGCGCCCGUAUCCUUGAGAUCCAUUCGCGUAAGAUGACGGUCAGCUCAGAUGUGAACUUUGAGGAGCUUGCGCGGAGUACAGACGAGUUUAACGGCGCCCAGCUGAAGGCGGUAUGUGUUGAAGCCGGUAUGAUCGCACUUAGAGAGGGCGCGACGAAGCUUGGGCAUGAGCACUUCCUCAGUGGUAUUGCUGAAGUGCAGAGCAAGAAGAAGAAUGCCCUGAUCUACUUCGCAUAG